AUGGCUGUAGCGGAUGGCCGCCUGGUGAACUUCUGCUUCGGCGAAUCCUUGAGCCACUUGAAGGCUCCUUCAAAGCCGGAAGAGGUCCUGGCGGAAGAUCGGCCACCACCAACACUGCAGAGCAGGUUGGACUCCAGUGCGGCGGCCCGCAACGCGGGCGUUGAAAAUGACGCAUGUGAGGAAGGUGGUGCGAUCUUCAACUCAUUCUACUCCUUGACGUGUCCAGAGGACCUGGAGCCAUUGAGUCGGCCACUGGAGCCCAGACGAUUUCUUCACGAGAAACACUUGGAUGCCUUGGAGAAGAUCCGCAAGGACAGUAAUCGAGCUUUCUCCACACAGGCUGCGGUUUGCUAUCAAUUGGCGGCGUUCCAUGGAGUAUGCUGGACCGGGGGAAGCGGCAGGAUGUUCUGA